GCAGUUCGCGAAUCUGACAAAUUGUCAAUUUAUCAAAAUUUCUUCCACGCAAAAUUCCAAAUUACCUAACUAAAACUUUUUUAUUUUCAACAAAAUGACUUCUAACCGAAUCUUCUUAGUGGAACUGAUUGUCGAAGAGUUACAGGUUUUUUCCCGUGAAAGUAGUGACGAUAAAGCACCAACCGAAUCCCCGGAACUCGUUUCUUCCGAAGAACAUUUCGAAGACCGUCGCCAGUGCCCCGAACGAUGUGUUCGCUUUCAGCUAGCCAAUCUGGCCCGCUGUGAGGUGUGCGAAAAGGACUUCGGUUCCCAGCUGGACGUGGACGGGUCGAAACUAGGCGAGAGUUGCAUGUUUACACUGAGCAGGGGUUCCCUCGCAGAUGGCGUCUCAGUGGAUUUUGAAAUUUCAGCCUUAGAGAAGCAGAAAGAUGGAAGCAAAACCGUUCUCGGAAAGUGGACGCAAUCGGCGAAUGAUAUUUUGUUCAAGUUGAUGCAAAGCUACGAUGAAAUUAACAGGAAGCAGAGCUCCGAAGCAUCGCUCGGCACAGUCGUUUCUGCAGGUUCUAUUUCAAAGAGAAGUAUACCCGUUUCGGAAACUAUAAAAUCUUUAUAUCCGCUGCAUGACGAUGGCGAGAUCGUUCAAGGUUGCGUUGUGGUGACACUAAGAUUCUCCUGUUUGGGUUCAAGAAUCAACCAAAAAUUUAUGUUCGGUGCUAAACCAGAUGAACCUGGAGUUACCUGUUUUAAAGCAACGGAUUUAGAGGAGGAAGAACACUUCAUGAAAUGUGUAGCUUUUAACGAUUUGGCCCAUCCGCAUCCGGUUUUAUGUCGGGAAUGUAAUCAAAAGAGUUCUCAACCACCCACCCCUCCGGCGUCGGUAACCAGCAAGGAAUCUGUCUGUCCUCCAUUCGAUGAGUACACAGCUGAGAUGAACGGUAAUGCGAUUUCGAUACGAGUGGAAAAGAAUUCCGACAUCAAAGUAAUGCUUGGUGAUGAACAGGAUGGAAAGUGCGUGAAAGGUUGUUGGACAUCCUUAACCCUACCGGAAGGCGUUUACGCCCUGGAGGAACGCUACGUCGAGCGUCAGAAGAAUCCCUGCCGACUACCGGUAAUUCGCGGCAAUCUCAAGUACCCUGCCGAACAGUGGUCCGGUGAUUUCUUAAUGUGCAAACAGAGACGUCCCAUUUGUGCGGAGGAUUUUCGUAAAAGGCCUGAUCCGACUCGUUCCGUUUGCAUGCAAACACGAGAUCCGGAAAGCACGGUUGAUCCGGCGGCAGCCUGCGGUAUUGAGAUCUGUAAGAAGGGCUGGCAUGAUCCGAAUGUCGAUGUAUUCGUGCUCAAGUUAGGCAAAAACAAAACCUCCCAUGGAGAUGAUUCUCCUAAUCAAAUUGAACUGGAACUGAGAACCCCGAAGGGACCCAUGGUGGAGAAGCGGCCCAAAGAAACACGAGGAGUUCAGGUGAUAGAGGAGGAAUUUGACGACGUAAAGAAGCCACCUGUAAAAGAGGCACCAAAAAAAGCGAAGAAAGCCCCUAAGAAAGGCAAGAAAAAGUAAACUGAUAGAGCACUGUAUUUUAGCGU